GACUAGCACUAUAAAUCUUGGUUCUAUAUUCUAUAUUUCCAUUAUAUAAAUGGUUUAUUCGUGAGGGUGCUUUGAGAGAAUCUCGAUUUUGCUUUUAUUCUUUUCAGAGAAUGCUACUUCUUAUAGCUUUCACAUUUUUAGAAAUCUCUCUAACUACAAUUCAAGGAAAACCAGUGGAUAGUCGACUUGAGUUAGUUGAAAAUGAUAUGCUAAUCACAAAUGACCAGAAACAGGUUUACAACCAGUUAAAAGAUGGCCGCGUACGACGCGCUGCCAUAAAGGACAAAUGGCUAUGGCCUGGUGGGAAAGUACCUUAUACCUUUGGUAAAAACCUGAACGAUGUUGGUAAAAGAAUCGCAAAACARGCCAUGCAGCACUGGAUGGACCGGACCUGCGUCAAAUUCAUAGARAGAAGCAAUCAGAAAAAUUACCUUGAAUUCACAUACGAUGGUGGCUGUAAAGCUCAAGUUGGAUACAGGAAAGAGCCCAAGCAAUUGAUUUCAAUCGGUAGUUCCGACCAAUCUUCCUACAGUCCCUGUACUCUUGGUUCUACCAUUCAUGAACUUGGUCAUUCGAUUGGUUUCUUCCACGAACACACACGACCGGACAGAGAUAAAUUUGUUAGAGUUAUUGAAAGCAAUGUACGAAAAGAGGCAGCUUUUGAUUUUGAGAAAGUUUCUACAGCAUUUCUCGACUCCCGUGGCAACGACUACGACUAUGGCAGCAUCAUGCACUACUCCCGUUACCAGGGCAACAAUGCUUAUGGUGCAGUUACUCUAGAGCCAUUGGUGCCGAACACUGAUAUUGGGCAACGGAUUGCACUGAGUCAAGGGGAUAUCGAUCAGACCAACAAAAUGUACCAAUGUGAUGCUCAAGGUGAAAGCCAUUUCACGUAUAAUGGAGACAAAGAUGAAGAUAAGACUAUUGAUUAUGGWAAUAUCAAAGGACCAAAACCUGGUGACAUCUUAGAUUAAGAUAUUCAAUUAAGAUAAUAUUUCUGACUGGCAUAAAUUACUAUAAUUAUUAAAAUUGUAAUUUUUGCCUUCACUUAACUAGAGUUUCAGAUAUUAAAAUACCAAUAGUAGGC